GCAAUGCUGUGUGAGAGUGUGCUGUGGCACUCUGCUUGUGCACCGACCUCCUCCUGCACAAUGCAACUGGAAAGGAAUUAUCAUGAAAUGUCAAGUCUGGCUUUAAUUUCCUACCCUCAGCCAUGAAGGAAUACUCUGACGUAUUUCCAGAGGACCGGAGCCCUUUUUCACGAUGAGAAUUUAUUGCAAGAUAGUAGCGAUCGUCCUGUGUUUCGGAGUUUUGCUACUUCUGUACUUUUUUGUUGGGAAUGCAGCGGACGAGCCGCCCCUGAAAGAAGUUGCGAAGGAUAACUAUUUUCAAGCUUCCUCCGGACUAGGAAACAUAGUUUCUGUCGACCUUGCAAAAAAAUCUCACCCGGUGUCUCAGAUUUCACAAAAUCAGCCACGUCCGAAACGAAAGGACAGUAAAGUGGGGAGUAGAGGAGGCAAUACACGCGCAAAUGUUAGAAAAAAGAGCGAAACAGUGAAGUUUGCCUUGAAGUAUGUUUCUCCAGAGGAGUGGAUGCAUUUGGCUGUUGUGGCUUGUGGGAAUCGACUGGAGGAAACCCUCACCAUGCUGAAAUCUGCUCUUCUCUUCAGUAUAAAGAAAAUCAAGUUUCAUAUCUUUGCUGAAGAUUCCCUAGGUCCUCAGUUUGAAAAAGGGCUGAACCAGUGGCCUCACCCCAUUUCCUCCAAGUUUCAGUACAGUAUCUAUUCCAUCACAUUUUCAGUGGGCAACACACAGGAAUGGAAGAAGCUAUUCAAGCCGUGUGCAGCACAGCGCCUCUUUCUUCCGGUGAUCUUGAAGGAGGUAGACUCUCUCUUGUAUGUGGAUACAGAUGUCCUCUUCUUAAGACCCAUGGAUGAUAUCUGGACCUUUUUGAAAGAGUUCAAUAGCACCCAGCUGGCAGCCAUGGCGCCAGAGCAUGAAAUCCCUAAAAUUGGCUGGUACAGUCGCUUUGCUCGUCAUCCAUUUUAUGGAGUGACAGGAGUCAACUCAGGAGUGAUGCUUAUGAAUCUGACACGGAUAAGAAGCACACUAUUUAAGAACAGCAUGAUCCCUGCUGGUUUGUCAUGGGAGGAUCUCCUUUACCCUCUUUACCAGAAGUACAAAAAUCAUAUCACCUGGGGAGACCAGGACCUAUUAAACAUCAUUUUUCACUACAAUCCAGAGUGCCUUUACAUCUUCCCAUGCGAGUGGAACUACAGACCAGAUCACUGCAUGUAUGGCAGCAACUGCAAAGGAGCUGAAGAAGAAGGCGUGUCAGUCCUGCACGGAAACCGUGGUGUUUACCAUGAUGACAAACAGCCCGCCUUCAGAGCUGUGUAUGAGGCCAUCCACGAUUAUCCUUUUGAAGAGAACCUGUUCCAGUCAUUGUUUUUCCCACUCCAAACUAAAUUUCUGGACACGGUCAAUACUUUGUGUGGCCGCAUUCCUCAAGUUUUUCUGAAACAAGUGGAAAAAAACAUGAGAAAAGUUUAUGAGCAACGUGUAGUUGUUCACCUGAGGCCACCACAUAACUAAAAAAAAACUGUUUUGAUUCUGAUUCAUCUGCAAGGAGCUGUACAGCCACCAAAGACAUUUUCUUCUACAAUGGGGAUUUUACCAUUGACAUUGCAAUGGGAAAUUUGGAUAAAGUGAAGCUUUGUGAAGAAACUUCCUUUGAAGGUGGACUUAAAAUACCCAUCAGACAUGCAUCUGACAUGUUUAGUUUAUUUUUACAGCUGUAAAAUAUACAGCUGUUAUACAGAAUUCUUAAUUCUUCUUAAAUAUGCAGACUCUCUGAACUGCCUAGUUUCAGUGUAGGAGUUCCUAAUAAAAAAAAGAGCGGAACUGAAAAGCACUCCCUUUUGUAACUGCUGGACCAGAGAAUUGUUAUAAAUGUAACAACUUAGUUUUGUGGGGAAAAUGAGUGGUUUCGUAGCACAAAUAUCUUUAAAUGCCUGGGUGCUACUGUAUUUUGUUUUCAAAUGAAUUUGAAUUUUGAGCCGGGUUUGUGUACAUUGUUUCCAUUGCAUAUUUGGGGAGCCCUGUGUCAUGAAAUGAAAAAUGUGAAAUUCAGCAAAGGAAUAGUUAUGUGGAUGCUGUGAAGGAGAUCAGUGUGUACACAAGGAGUUUGCUGGCUUUUUGAAGAAAAGGAUCUGUAUCUUCCCAAUGAGGGAAGAAGAAUCAGAAAGCAAAGACCAUAAGAUAUAUGUAAAAGAUAAACGGGGUCAAAUUAUGUGUUCAGUGAAUAGGUUGAUUGUUUUUUGCAGUUGAAUAUUACUGAUGGUUUAAUAACAAAGGACAAUGCUGUCAUUGUGAAGUGUCAACAAGGAACUCCUGCUUAUAUCAUAAAGCAAGACUGUCUUUUUCAAAACAUAACACAGCAAACAUUUAGUGUUCUAAUCAUUUUUAGACUGUCACAAUUUCCAAACCACAAAUAAUGUUUUGUGGCAUAAGUUGUUGGUAAAACUGCAGAAUAAUGUUCUUUGACAAAUGUUUACUAUUGAAGUUUCAGCAGUGGACCAGUUGCAUAGGAACACCUGCAAGUAUUUUUAUUCACUGUGAUGAAAUGAGACAUUUUACUGUCUGAAGCAGUGCUACUUAUAUGUUUACUUUUUGUGAAGUAUCAAAAGCUCAAAACGUGUUCAGGUGAGUUUUUAGAUGCUUCACAUUAAUGCUACACCAUAUGUAGUUGACCCUUUUUUGUAUUAAACUACCAAGUGCACUUUAAA